UGAAUUCGGAAUUUCGCGCUCUUGCCGCACGAGGUCUUCGAUAUCUUCGAGAUCAAUUCGAGGAGAGAAUGCGCACGCUCGCCGAUAAGUUGGUUUUAUAACCUAGAAGCACUAUUUUUUUUAACCGAACAAUAUCGAAUGUAAAGACUGGCUGCCUCGCAAUAUAUUUACAAUAUAUAAAUUCCAGGAAGUUUGGUGAGAAUUUAACAUUGGAGUUUGAAUAUGAACGGAGGCAAAUAACUAAGCUGUACCAAUGGCUAUGAGGAAGAGGAGUGGCUCCGGUGCCAAGCGUCAACACAAAUGCAAGCUGGUGCCGAUCUACGAGAGUUUCUUCAAGGGCGAAGACCUGACGCUAGCUCAUCCAAAUUUCUGGAAUGAACUGUUCCUCAUUAAACCCAUGGUACCUCACAUCGAAAAUGAAAUUCUGCAUAUGACGUCGGAGCAGCUAAACGCUAGCAAGGAAAAUCUGAACGCAUUGGUGUGCCACUGUGUCGACACGUUGGUCGACGAGCAUCCAUUUAGAAUAGUGUACGCGCUGCAAACCUUGGCGGCCGUCAUCCAGUCUAUGUACAAGAAGGCCAAUCAGGGGGACUAUGGAUUUAAUUUGAUAGAUAUUCUGGUGGGCUUCGACUCCGCGGAGCAACGGAUGACCACGCUAAUGCAGCAUUGUAAUAAUUUUUUAACAGGUGAAUAUCCAGAUAGUUUGAAAGCUUUGUGCCUGAAAUUGUUAUUAAUAAUAGUUACCGGUAUGGAUAAUAUCAGCCAAAAUACCUUACUGGAAUAUGUGAUGUUAAACAGCGUUUUCGAAUCGCUCAUUCAAUUACUGAGAGAUACAGCUGCUAGAAAUCGCCACGGUCACGAUGCGGUCUUACUGCUGACGCUUCUAGUCAACUAUCGGAAAUACGAAAGUGCAAAUCCUUAUAUCGUCAAGUUGUCAAUUUUGGACGAUGAAUUAGCUCUCAACGGGUACGGACAAGCUAUAUCGAGUUCGCUGACGGAAUUUUGCCGGCAAUUCGCUCAGCAAAGAGCAGAAAUACAAGCGUCUUGGCUGUCUUCGUUAACUAGUAUAGUUGGUAGCAUGUUCGUCGGCGAGGAAGAAGCGAAAACGCAACAAGUUCGCGCGAAUAACGCCCUACUUUUGGCUUUGUACGAAGCUACGCACUUAAAUCGUAAUUUUGUAACUACUUUGGCCUAUACGCAAAGCGAUACCAGCGCACCCCCGUCGCCGAAUAAUACCCUGGGUCCAAACGCGGUAGCUCCUGGUGCCUCGCCACCCGAUGUGAUGGCCCAGCCGUUCAAUCUACUAGCAACCUUCCUGCAGUAUUGUUCGAUAGUUAUGCAAGUAAUUCGAACGGAGGCUAUAAUGAAUAAUGUGAAACUGUGCUUCUUGAUACUAAGCUGCAUCGCGGAGGACCAAUAUGCAAACAGUUUAAUGCACGACGCGAAUUUGGCAUUCAGAGUUCAGUUACACAGAGUACCUAUGCACCAUAGAAAGUUGCAGGACAAGGCAGCUCCGGCUCAACCGCUUGCCGCUACCUUACUCGAUCUGCUCGUCGAGUUCGUGGCGUCGCACAUGAUGAAGAAAUUUCCGCUCGAGUUAUAUCAUCAGUGUAUCGGCGUUUUGCAAAGAUUACUGUGCUAUCAGAAAAGGUGCCGCGUGAGGCUUGGCUAUCAGUGGCGGGAUCUUUGGACCGCGUUAAUCAAUCUACUUAAAUUUUUAACAACGCACGAAAGCCAUCUUAUUAAAAAAAUGAACAUAUUUCCUUUAGCUAUUCAGGUGGUGAACAUUUUAAAUUUCUUUAUCACGUACGCCGAUACAUUCCUAUCGUCGCCCAAUAGUUACGACGAAUUGUUUUACGAAAUUAUUCGCAUGAGACUUAUCUUCACCAAUCUAAAUGCCAUGGCACUCAGGUAUUCGACUAGUGAAUCGUACGAGUACAAAGAACACGCGCUCAAAUUAACGAAUUCUCUCGUCAAUGUGAGGGAUAUAGUAAAUCAUUUUCCACCAAAGAUAGCUGCGUGGCUGGCGAAGGAAAGCCUGUCGACACCGACGGAACAACAAAUUCUAGCUAUUAUAAUACAGAAUUACGACAGUCUGGCUUUAAAACUGCAGGAUAAUCUCGAUCAGUACGAGAGAUACUCGGAAAAGCCUAAUCAUACUGCGUUUUUCGAGGAGAUGGUGACUGGAGUGAUCGUGGACACACGGGCUUCGAUAGAUCUUAAUACUUUAGAUACGCAAACUAUAUUAGAAGAGCUUUCGAAUAUUUCAUAAAAUGUAAAAGCGUAUAUAUUGCAAUAUAUUUUCAAUAUUGUGUGUUA